AUGUCCGGUAAACCCACGAAAAACCACCUAGAAGCCGGCAUCGACAUGCAUGCACCCACUCGCGCUGCGGAGAUUGUUCUCCUUCCCACCCCUCGGGAUACCUUUGAGAAGCUCUACGUGAGCCCUAACGUGCGAAUCGUGGGAAAUAUACGUUGCCCUUUUGGUAACCCAACCCCCACUGCGUUGAUGGGUAUCUUGGUAGCUGCAACACCUAACGCCAUGCUCAAGAUGGGAUGGAGGGGCUUUCCCUAUUUAUAA